CAACACAACAACAACAACAAUGGUGUAAGCACUUUUCUGCUGCCUGGUUGCGAGCCCGAACACAAUUUCGAUCGCGGAUGUUGAGGCAGCAACACUGAAACCGUGCGCGCAAUACAGUGAACGUGCGGAGGGUUGUGUUCCGCUUUCCUCCCACCCCUCCCGAAACGUGAGGACACCUUGUGGGACAGCCGUGUUUUUGGGAGAACCGUGUCGGGAACGGUGUGCCACAGCACCACGCACGAUGCAACACCAGUCCUUGUUCGCAUAACCCGUGUACGCUCUGCUCCGGUGCUUCGGUGAAUCGCGACAGGUGCCACCAGCCUGCAUUAGUGCUAAAUUAAUAAUGUCCGCGGCGAGUCGGGUGACGCGCGAAAUUGCUUCCAACAAAGCGGCCAAGAGUGUACGGUGGUUGUGCGGGCGGUGCCGUUCUAGCUUCUAGCAUGCACACCGAGUGCCGUGUGUAUUCCCCGUUCCUGAAUCAAGCGCAUCAAAAAGAAACGGGUGGCGAGGGUGACGAAAUAUAUAUAAAAAAAACCCGUCGCUGUGUGCCGUGUAAGCCGCGAGCAGUCGCUUUCUCCGUCGAUUGUAAACGGGCGACGGAACGGAAGUGAUUAAAAGUUAGUCAUACAGUGCGCCUCCGGUCGAUCGACAACAAUCCCCGUGUGCGCACCGGUGUUUGUGUGUGUGGGUUUGCGUGUGAAAUUAAAAACAAAAGCAAAAUUAAUUGCAGUCAGCCCCGUUGUCCCUAACAACCGUAGUGCAAGGGGCCCCAACUCCCCGCAGGACCUGUGGCCGUGCAGCAUCGGCAAACAAUCGGAAAGGUCAAGGCAAAUCGAAGCACGCGCCGCGUUUUGUGCCGAUUGCUACAUUCCGUUGCAACAGGGAGGCACAUACACAUAAUCAAAGAAAGGACACCGAGCCCGAGUCUCCCCCUGUCCCGGUCGGCACGAUGGAUUUCGUCAACUUGCUCCUGUUCUGCCUGAUGUCGUGCGUGAUUGGGGCGGUGGUAAUGCUGCUGAUCCAGUACUAUGCCUUCGUGCGAUACUUCCGCCUGCCGGAACUGGACCAGGAGGAGGAAAAUCAGCGCAAAUCGGCCUUCAGCGAACGCUACGUACUGCCCGAUACGCUGCUGGAGAACAUAAAGGCACCGGAUCAGGAAAGCAAAUCCACGAUAAUGGCCAUCAAUCUGAUACUGCAGUUUCUGUACUUUGAGCUGCGGCAGUCGAACCGCGUGCGUAAGUGGUUCCACCGGAAGCUGUCGCUCGAGCUGGACGAGCUGAUAAGCAAGACGACCACGGGCAAGCUGUUUGAUAAGCUGACGAUUCGCGAUCUGGAUUUGGGUAGCCAGUUUCCGGAGAUAAAAAACUUUCGCCUGCACGCGGUCGACCUGCACCCGGACGAGGGACACAUCGAAAGCUUGGAUGUGCUGCUGGAUCUGCACUACGAGGGCAACUUUCGGCUCACGAUCGACGCCGACAUGGUGCUGGGGAAGAAGGGUUCGCUGGCGCUGCGGGUGAAGCAGGUGUCCGGGCUGGCCCGGUUGCAGUUUACCCGCAAACCGUACACGCACUGGUCGCUUAGCUUCAUCAACGACCCGAAGGUGGAGCUGGACGUGCAGUCCCACUUCCAGGGCCGGCAGAUGCAGUCCAACAUUACCAGCCUGAUCUCGAACCAGAUACGGAAGGCGAUCCGCCGGAAGCACACGCUUCCCAACUAUAAGCUAAGAUACAAACCAUUCUUCCACCGUGUGGAAGAGGACUACGAACUGAACGAGAUCGUGCCGAACGGUUCGCUCGAGGUGACGAUAGCGGAAAUUUCCCGCCUGAAUGCGCCGAUCCGCACGCUGACGCACGUGUACUGCACGCUGACGCUCGCCCACAUGCCCUGGGUGGUGGCCCGCCAGCAGGACGACCAGGGCGCGACAAUGAUCGUGUCGCUCGACAUCGAGAUACACAAGGCCAAAAACCAGCAGAUCGGCAUCGUGUUCAAGCAGUCGGACCAGACCGUGCUGAUCGAUGCGGUCAUACCGAACACGCCGGCCUCAAAGGCGGAGCUGCGCCGGGGCGACGUGUUGCUCUCGAUCCAGGGCAAGCGGGUGACGAACAUUAGCCAGGUGCCGAAGGUGAUCAAGACGCUGAACAGGCCCAUGUUUGUGCUGCGCAUCGAGCGGCUCGUCCCGGGGCAGAUCAGGAACGAUGCGCUGCUGGACGACUACGAGCCGGAGUUUGAGGAGAUCGAUCCGAACCUGAACAUUACGUUCGUGAAGAACGUGGAAGCGGUACAGAUCGGUGGCGGUACGGCGGGGCUGCGCGAGCGUAAGCUUGCCCGACGCAACUCGAAGGACAACAGUGGCGGGGAGUCGAGCCACUCGAACACACCGGGCACGACGCCGGUGAAAAAGUCGUCCACCAUUGUGGUCGGGGGUGCGGAAACGUCGACGCCGCGGGGCAGCUUUUCGGAGCCGGCGGCUGCCGGUGGACCGAAGCCGAAGGCGCUGAACGUCGAAUGCUACCCGCAACACUCGUCGAUCGAUGCGGAAUUCAAUUCGUUCAUCCGGCUGGACGACCCGUGCACGUUCCAGCUGAUGGAAAAGUAUUCCUACCUGAACCUGAGCGUGUUCGGCAAGAGCAACGAGGAGCACCGACUGCUGGGCUAUCUCAACAUCCCGAUCAACAGUAUACUGGUGGAGUGUAACGAAUCUCAUCUGGGGCACCAUCUGAAGAAGUACCCACUGCUGCCACCGGAAGCGAUCGAUGUCUCCAAUCACCCACUCUCGAUGCAGUCCGGAUUUGAUCAAAACUACUGCUACGGCGAUGUGCUGCUGUCGUUCGUUUGGGACGGCAGUGCGCUGGCCUCCCUGUCGUCGCCCACCGCCGCCACCAGCAAAGCGAUCAGUGCGGAAAACAAGAAGCAGCGGCUCAUCACGAUCAGCCGCGGGUCGGCCGACAAGCUGGACGAUGAUCGGACCGAUGGCCUGCCGCUGGAUGCCAAACCGUCCGCCUCGUCCACCUUCACGCAGCUGCCGGCGCAGCAGCAGCACGACUUUAUCCGUACACACUUUCACCGCACCACGCAGUGCGACUACUGUGGCAAGAAAAUUUGGCUCAAGGAUGCGGUCCAGUGCCGCGACUGUGCGAUGUGCUGCCACAAAAAGUGUAUCAACAAGUGUCAAAGCUCGACCGUGUGCACCGCGAACGAGUCGUCCGCGGGAACAGCAUCCGACCGUUCGUCCACCACCUCAUCCACAUCGACCGGCAUUAUAAUGGCGGCCGGAGCAGCGGCAUCCAUGGCAUCCACAGCGGCGGCAACCGUUGGCACCACCCAGCAGCCAGAAUUUAAGGUGACCGAGCCCGAAUCGCCCACGAUAGAGGUGGAAGACUUCGUGGACAUUGCCGAAGAGCAGCAGCAGCAGCAACUGCAGCAGCAACAACAGCAGCAACAGCAACAGCAGCAGCAACAGCAACAGCAGCAGCAACAACAGAUUGUGCCGAAAUCAAAGCUCGAAACACAUCGUCAAAGCUUCAGCGAUCUGCUCGUGCAGGGGCUGAAGCGCGUCAACUCGGCCAACAACCUUUCCAUACCGACGAUGGGUGGGCUGAACCCGAGCAGCAAAAGCUUACCCCCGCCACAGCACACGCCCCGCAAGCAGUCGCUGGCGAACGUGAACGCCAACCCGUUCCUGCUGGUGACGCAGCGGCUCGAAAGCCUGCCGGAGGACGUGAACGAGCUGAACAUGGAGCAGAUUGUCGAUCUGACGGCGCCACUGAUCGAGUACGGCCCGUCCGACACGCUGAUGGCGCUGGCCAAGAGCAGCAGCAAAGCGAUGUACGGCGACUGUGAGCCGGACGUGCGGACGGAGAAGAUUAACAAGCUGCUUUCCAAACUGCACAUAGCGCUGGACUACGAAACCAUCAACCAGUCCGUGCUAAACGCGACCAAGGAGAGUAGUAGUAGUAGUAGUGGUAGUGGCGCAGGUGCUAACAGUAAAGAAAUUGCCGAUGGCAAAGGCAAGACGCCGACCCAGCAGCAGCAGCAGCAGCACGACAGCACCAGAUCGGCCUUCCUGGCGGGCCAGUCGGAGGAGCGGGUGCAGGCGCUCAGCAUCAUCAUGCUGCACCUCUGCUCGGGCCUGCAGUACGUCCAGGGCGAAACGCUACUGACACUGGCGACGUGGGAGGCAGAGUUGCUGCAGAAGCUGAAAACGGUGGUCGGCAAAGCGGCCAGCCACGACCGGCCUCCUUUCUGGCGCAGGAAAUUGAAAUUGAAAUGAAAGGCUGUACACACACACACUCCUUCUUCGAUUAGCGUAUAGGUUUAGUGGGGUUUAGUGGGAGGGCGUGAGAAGAGUUUAGGGAAAACAGGAGAAAAAGGAAAUUAGGGUUAAUUUGUGUAAGUAAUCGAGCUGUUUUCUUCGGUGAUAUAUGUAACUAGGCUUAAAAGGGCAGGGCAUUUUGCGGUGCGCACUCAUUGGCUUGCGUCGCUGCCUGCCAGUGAUUUGCUCUUAUUUAUUUAUUAUCUACUCUAUUUUGCUUUUUUUGUUUAUAUCGAGCUGUAACAGUGAGCUGUUUGUUAGUGAGUAGUGAGUGUUGAUUGCAUUUAAUUUAAUUACGUUAAGCGAUAACGAUAACCAGCUGAUCACAGUGACAAUUGGACAUGUAUUUUGGAACUUAUGCAGUAGCAACGAUACAAAAGCUCUAACCUACCGUACUUUUUUGUCGUUUUCAAUGUGAUUUUGUGCGUACUGUGUUGUUUAAAAGGGAAAACAAGAACAAAUCUCACCCGAUCUUCAAGAACAAAAUUAAAAAAUAGACAUAAUUAUUGUUUGCAAACCCCGUAAAAAAGGCCAAAAAACUAAUAUGCAACCAAUUUAGACUGUAGUAGUGUUUUGCACAGAUUGACUAGAGUAUAUAAUUGAACAAAGGAAUGUAGAAAUUGCACGAAAGAUCAGUUUGUUCCUGAUCCUGUGUGUGUGUGGGUGCGCCGGAUCAUACGACUUUAAAUAGAUCAAAGUGUAACUCAACAAGACUAAUCGUUAUGACAAGUAUAGUGCUCUGUUUUUUACUCUCUCUUUCUCUUUUUACUGUUUGGCAAUUGCAAUGUUUUCAAAGAAUCGCAACACACUUGUCGCUUCUCUAUAGACCUGCAAAGCGUGCAAUUAGCAAUCUGUUUCCCUUGCGCAAAUAUUGAAUAUCUCUCCGUUAACUCCCCGUAACGCAGCUGAGCCGAGUGAUAUCAGUAGAGCAGGAGCGCAAGUAGUAACGUUUAAACAACCACACAACAAGCUAAUUAAAAUAAUAAAACGAAAAUGCAAUACAACACCACCCCGUCUGUGGUGUGUUUUGCUCAGGCGUGGGUUUUUGCUGGUGGAAGACAACAAAACCUAAUAGUUCUCAUCACAACACAUACAGUUUUAAAAAUCAUCCCAAACAGCACUAGGUCGUGUUAGUUCGUGACACAGCAGAGUAGAGCAUCUGUGGAGGGCAUCAUCUUGAAGAGUUGCUGAUCGUGCCCUUCUAGUGUUUAAUAUGUAACAGCUGUUACCAGAGUUAUGGGUUCGGGUUUAGAAAACGGCACACACAUACACGAUCACACACGAUCGCACACGAUCACACUCGAUAUUGUAAUAAUCUAAUUGUUAACAGUUGUUUUACCAUCGACCCACAAACACUCACAGCAGCAUGGAAGGAGUGAACAUACUAUUGCAAGAGUACACUUUUUAGCACUCUACUACGAUAUAUAAUAACUAGAACACUUCACACUUAUGAAUUGAUCGUUUUGCCCCAGCACACGCGAGGUAUGGGUGUUUCUGUAUUGUUUAUUUAUUUAUUGCCGACAGAAAGCGCAAAUAAUCGAUAGAAGGUUGCGGUGCGCUUGCCACUGAUGAGCCACUGAUCGGUUGUGUCUGACGUGCUGGAUUGUGCGUACGAUCGAUUUUCUUUUGGUAUGUCUUUUGCUGUGGGCUCCAGGGCUACCUCGAGUGCGCUGACUGGACAUUGAGGGACUACUGGACACAACCAAAAGCAACCAAACAAGACAAGUAUAGCAACAUUACAAUCCGGCGCAUUAGGAAAAUUUGAAAAUAAAAAAAGCAAAAUACUCAUACAAAAA